AGAAAUUGUGGAUGGUCAAGCUGGUCAGGACUUUGGGCAACCUGAUCUAGUGAAAAGUGUCCCUGCCCAUGUCAGAGGAGUUGCACUAUAUAAUCUUUAAUGGUCCCUUCCAACCCAAACCAUUCUGUGAUUCUAUUAUUCCAUGCCUGGCUGGGUAUUUGUUGCUUGCUAAUGAGUGUUAAGUAAGUAAUUAUUCUGUGGGCGCUAUGCAGUGCUGCAGCGCAUUAGCAAUAACUAACACUGGGCCAGUGUAUCACUGUCUUCAAAAACAAAACAUAUUUUAAGAAUCUUCUCUGACUUUAACCUGAGAGAGUGAACAGCAGCCUUGCUGCUACUAACCAUGUCUGGAUGUUGUUGAUAGCACCGUCCAGCCAGCUCGGCAGUUCUAGUACUCUGUGAGUCAGCUGAACAAAGGAUUCCUCAAUGUAAAUACAGGCCACUUCCAUUAAUCAUGAAAUUAGAGGAAAAUAUUAAGUACGUAAUCAUCCACAGCCCUGGGUUCUUGUUCCCAUGAACUUGAUUUCUCAGCCUCUGUGAUCUUUUAUUUACUCCUCAUUCCUCACCACAGAACCCAUACUCUUGUUACUUCUAGAUGAGAUUGCUGCAAUGAACUCUAGUUUGCAUUACUUUUAAAGGAACACCUUGAAGCAAAUGACUGGAUGUGACUAGUCCUCUAUUAGCCUGUGGCAACAAGCAAGAAAUAUGUUAUUAUAUGUUCCUAGCAGCUGUGCUAGCAAACAAUUUUCAGAUAAAUUUCUGUUGUGCAUCUCAGGUUCUGUGUACCUAAAUGAUUUUCUCCCGUGAUGCAUCCUCAUAGUUACAUAGAUGUUUUCCCUGCUGCUCAUACGUACCUCAGAUUCAGAUUUCUUUGCUGGUUUGGAAGGGUGUGAAGGAUGUGCAGUUUUAGAAUUGCUUCUGAAAAAGCUCGCAUUUAUUGGGUCUCAGAAAACAGUUCAAGGGACGUACCUUCUCUGUGGCAUGAGCUUGAAAAAAUUAUAGUGAAUGAGAUGUAUUUGAAUUACAGAUCAUCUCUCUUAUCACAUAAGACCCUGGAAGGAUGUGUAUUGAAUUAUGUAUCCAUCUUUCACGUAUUUCUUUAUACAUUUGAAAUAAAUGGAUGACAUUAGGACUAACAGCUGUAGCAAGUGUGGGCAAAAAGCAUAUGGCGAAGAAAUAAACAGAAGCUAAAUGUUCAGGGACCAGGCAGCGAGGCCUGGAUGUGCCUAAGUGCGCAAGUUGAAGGGACAGUGUGACCUUGUCCAUACUAUUUACUGAGAAUGGCAUGUACUAUACCCCAGGCUAUGUCUGUGCAUUGUCUGAAGAGUGAUAGCUGGCCUGGGCCAUAACCCUGCGAGCUGUAGUGUACUAACACGUAAGCAGCGUGGGUGAUUAACAGUUCUCAGGCCUGAGUUUGUUCCCUGGUUUAUUUUAAAUGGCAGCAUAGGAGCAAUCAGAACUGCUUAUGUUGAGAUGCAGACCUUUUGUGUGACUCUUGCACAUUUGGUUUUAUUCUGUGGAGAUGCUUUAUUCUAUGAUGAUUUUUAUACUGAGCUUACUACUUUGGUAUUUGCAUGCUUUCCAGUAGCAGAUUAAACGAUGUCAUUCAUGUUUGCGUCAGCUCUCUCAUCCCCAAACUAUGGUAAAAAUGUUCACACUACAGUGUUUGGUUUUGAUUUAAAACACAUUUGCAUGUACGCUCGCACACACCCUGCUAUAAAUUUGUGUUGAAGAAAACAAAAUGAAAGGAAUGUGCUUGGCCUCCUCUAGUCCUUACUGCUUGAAGGAGUAUGUUCUACAGUCCUGGCCUGGCUCUCUGAAACUGUCACCUGGAUGGAAAUGCAUGACUCUAGUUUCCAGUGCUUUUGUAAUUCAUCUGCAGAUGAGCAAGAGUGUUUUUCAAAUUUCAGGGUGUCUCCUCACAUCACAUUAAGAGCGCUACGGGAGAAGCUUGGAGAAUACCUGGGUGGAGUUGCAGUUGCAGAUAAAUUCAAAUUUUUAAAAUGCAUUGGGAAAAAGCUAGCAGUGGUAAAAGCAAAGCAAGAAACAGAACUGGAACUGAAGUCAUUUGCUCCCCCUUAUGCACUGUAUCCUGAAUUAUAUUUAUUACCUGGAGCGGAGUACUUUGAAGAUGUUUAUCCAUUAUCAUCAUCAACUGAACAAAGACGUCACUUUAAUGCGGAAGCUAAUAGGUAUGGUCAUGGAUCGAGACUACCCAAUCUUCCCCAACAAAAAAGUGAAAAAAGCAGACCAUUUUUAGAAAGCAUACAGAGCAGUCAUCAGCUAGAAAAUAAGGAAGUGCAUAGUCCUGCAGAAUGGACUGAGAAAGAAUCUGUUCCAGUUUUGAACACAGAUCACGAGCAAGACUACAACAGGAUUGCAGAAAAACAGACACAGUUCAGAGUGAAAGAUCAAAAUGGAUCCAGUGGAUCUCUCUUCACACCAAGUCAUUCAAAUCCUGCAGAUCGAGGGUCUGGAAAGAGCUGUAUGCUGUUACAGAAAUCCCAGCAAAACCACCAUAGCGAGGAUCAAAAAGAGCAUAAUACUCCUAAGUGGAAUGACAAAGCCAAAGGAAAUGGUCUUCACAUAAACCACAGCGAUGAACAACGCCAGACUAACCAACCACACCAAAAUCGCGUGAAAUAUCAAAAAGAACUAAACACCAAACUCCUAUUUACAGACAUGGAAAAUAAUGACCACAAAAAAGAUACCAAACUAAGGAGAGACAGAACACGGGAUUCUGGAAAUCUUGAAAUAUUGGAAGACCAAACCACAGAAUAUAUACGCAGAAACCAAAGCUUGCUGCAAUACAGAACUAGCAAGUCUGUAACUGGUCCUGGUGAAAAACUGGAUAAUCAGGUAGAUGAGAACAAGAAAAGUCAUCCUACUUGUCCAAAAGAAUAUAUUUCACCUCCUAGUCCGCCUUUUCUGUCACUUUCUGUAAACCUAGCUCAGGUUCCUGCAGUUCAGGCAGAAAAAAACAAGAUGGUAGAACAAUUGGAACAAAUGAAGAAAGACAGAAGGCACAUGGAAAAAACUAGAGAAGAACUUGUCAAAAAAGCUAAAGGGCUACUGGAACAAAAUAAGCUGAGGAGAUACCAUGUUCGUGAGGAAUGGAAAAAGAAAUACUUUGAAACUAAGAAGGCUACGGCUUCACUGGAGGAUGUUUUAAAGAAACUGCAACAAGAUUUGGAGCUUUACCACCAGAAAUUGCUCUUGCAAUUAGAAGCCAGAGAUAGCCGAAAACAACCGAACAGUAUGACAAACUUGAAGAAUAACAAAAUCAUCGAGAUAACUACAGUGCAGCAUGAACUCGAUCAACUGAGGAAGAAGCUGGAUGAUACAAAAAUGAAGCUCAUAAUAGAAAUUAAGAUGAGAAAGCAGGCAGCAUCUGAUUUACGAGCACUGAGAGCAGAACUGACACAGAAGAAGAUUCAUUCAGCUUUAAUUCUCCAGUCUGGGAAAUCAGGUAUUUAAGAGGAUGACUCCACUGUAACAUCUGUAAAGUCUAUAGAAGUCCUAUAAUGUAUAUAGAAACUUGGAAUUUCAGAGCAUUUGUUUAUAUGUUCUUAAAGUUCUCUAAUAAAAAGACAUAAACUGUGUAAAUGUGGAAUUUGUAUACUAGGCCACUAAGGGACUGCAAAUCACUUUUUAAAUCUCACUGUUA